AUGCGGAAAGCGGCCCGCGACUACCGCAUCCUCACGCCCGACAAGUACGAGGCCGUCUACAUCCCGUCGUGGCAGCCCUUCAGCCCCGGCAGCGGCAGCAACAAGGGCGGCGAGCGUGCGCCGCGGCAAUCGGCUCAGCGACAAAGGGUCGUCACGGUAUUCGUCCUGUGUGUGCUCCUGACGGGCGUAGCCUGGGUCACCGUCCCAGCUCGAAUCUUCCUCCGCUCCCCCUACACCUGUCCGAGCCCGAGCUCGCCCCGCGACGCCGACGCCCUCAUCUCGCCGCGCCACCGCAGCUCGCCCGUCCUCCUUCCUGCCGCCCAUCCCGACUUCUCCCUGUCGCUCACCUACGACACGGCCGUCUGCAACUCGUUCGACAUCGUCAUCUCGCGCCUGGACAAGGACCGAUGCGCCAAGGUCGAGGCGUCGUCCCCGCCGCCGAGCAACAACUCGGCCUUCCUCGAGUACGCUCGCACCCGCCUCGGGCCCGACUCGUUCCACCUCCAGGUCGACGGCGCCGAGCGACUCGCCGAGGAGGUCCCGAGCGAGUACCUCGGCAAGUGCGAGUACUUGUUCCGGUUCCGGCUCAACAACGCGGGCCGAGUUUGGGUGAACGCCUCGCUCCUGUACGAGAACUACGAAGCCGUGCGAGAGCGCGUCGUCGAGCCGGGCGCAUGGCCAAAGGACCAGCCGCUCCUCCUUCGUCCACUCGUUCCCGCCCCGAUCGAGCUGGACCUGUGCUCCUCGGCCUGCCCGCUCUUCGUCCCGUCUCACCUCGGCGACAAGUCACUUGCCGUCGUCUCGCCGGCGCACGGCACCCCAGCACCUGUCGCGCUCCCGUCGUGCGGCGACGCGGCCCGAGCGGGCAAGCUCCGAGGCGGCUACUUCCCGCUCGGCAUGUUCGACCUGCUGUACCCCGACUACCGCCAGCCUGUCGGGUGGAGCUCGACGCGCCUGAGCGCAGGGCACACGCGCUGGGUCCCGUACGGCUGCGAGUGGCGCCACGACGGGCGCCGCUUUGCCGACCCGGCGUCGUGCGUCGACAAGCCGCACCGGGCCCUGUUCAUCGGCGACAGCCACGCGCGAGCCGUGUUUGACCUCGUGUCGCACCGCCUGUCGGGCAACAAGACGAUCGUGCAGAAGACGGUCAAGUCGGCGCACAAGAAUGCGACGCACGGCAACGUACACCUCGACUUUACCUUCUUACCGCACCUCAACAAGACGUUCACCUGCGAGGCGCACGGCAGCUACGACUCGGUGACGGUCAGUACGGGCACUUGGCAAGCCGCUGUGGACUGUGCCACGACCGACAAGGUCCUCGCCGAGCUCGAGCGCCUCUUUACAACCUGGCCCCGACUCGCGCACGAGUGCCGCCGCCCGAUCCCGAACCGCAACAUCGCCGUCCUCGACAGCAGCCGCUCUCGCACGACGAGGUUCACGUACCUCAACAUGCCGGCGUUCCACCCGCAGCUGCAGCGCCACGACGGCCGGACUGGAGCGCGGCUCAGCUUCUGGAACGAGCGGUUCGGGGCUUUGGCGCGCAAGAACGGCUGGGACGUCGUCGACGUGUACUCGCUCACCAAGCCCGUCGCGAUCGACAUGACGCUCGGCGAUGGCGUUCACUAUGUCGGCACCGACGCUGCAGAGCCUGCAGCCGACGACGUCAUCGACAGGCUCGGACUGUGCGGAGAGACGGGCUCCAAGGGCUGAGGGUUGUCGAGCGAGCGCGAUUCGCGAGGCGAACGUCGAGGAAGGGACGAGGAGCAGUCGUAAUACCAAGGGCCCGUUCUCGG